AUGAUUUUAUAAAAGCAAGAUUGUUCGAUGUAAAUUACACCUAACUAAUAAUAGAUAAAUGAACUAAUUCUAGCUGCAUCAUACAUUUUUAGAAAAGUAAUUAGUGGAAUAAAAUAAAAAGGGAAAAUAUAUUUGAUAAAUGCUAUUGAUAAUUCAUAUAAUACGAUUGCAAAUUGUAUAACUUAAAGGGUAAAAUAAGUAAUAUGAACUGUAGGCAUAGAGCUAAUAUUAUUAAAUUUUAUUUUAGAAGGGAAUUUGAAUCGUUAUAACAAUUCUAUAGAAUGUUAUGAUUAAGCCAUUAAAAUCAAUCCAUAUUAUAAUACAGCAUUUUAUAAUAAGGGUAAUUAAAUACUAUAAUUAGGUAAUGCUUUAUAUAAGAUAUAUCAGGAUGGUUUAACAUAUUCAAUUUGGAUUGUUAUUUAAUAGUAUGGGCAAAAAAUUGAUAUAAAUUCAAAUGAUAGUGAAUCAUUUUAUAAUAACGGCAUAUGAAUUAAAAAGUAAACUAUCAAUAAGAAUAGCAUUAUAUAACUUGAAUUGUUAUUAAGAUGCAAUAUAAUGCAAUGAUCAAGCAAUUAAAAUCGAUCCAAAAUAUCGUGACGCCUUUUAUAAUAAGGAUAUAUUAAUUCUUCAAUUUUACAUUUAACUUAGGUAAUGCCUUAUUCUAGUUGUCUCGUUAAUAAAAAGCUAUAGACGGCUACGAUCAGGCGAUUAAAAUGAAUUAAAAUGUUAGCUACUCAAUUUCUCAUAAAGGUAAAUUGGCUCAUUUUAUUAAAAGGUAAAUAAGGCAACACACCUGUAAAUGCUUUAGACAUGAAGAAUAAAGGUAUCAAAUAUUUGCUACUUUAGCUGA